AUGGACCGACCCACGUCGCGCGAUGACCAACCCCAUUCGCCUGCCUCUACUCAUACGAACGUUUUCGAUGACGAAUUCGAAGCUGGAACGCCCGCUGAUGAUACACGUUCAAUUGUUGCAGAUGGCUUCAGGCCGCAGGUCACAUCUGAGGAGUCGACGACCUCUACCGCGAAUGACGACGUGCCGGCUGAACACGACCAAGUAUUCGCCAAACACACUUCGACACAAGACACCCCUCAACUCCCUCCGAUACGAAAUAGUAUAGCGAAAGGGGCGAUUUCUAUGGAUGGUCCGCUACAUCGAUCGAAUGAUUCAGAUGGGCAGUCGGCAUACGCCUCUCAGGCUCUAAUGCAUCGUGCCUCUGUGGCAUCGACAAAUUCCUUUGUCACAAACGGACGCUCCUCAACGCCAAUGGCAGGUCCAAGUCACCCCUAUGCCAUGUAUCCUCAAGGGACCGGUCCUGUUCGUUCUCCUAGCAACGCAACGUCCACAGUCACGCGACAACCUCAACGCUCAUACUCUGGACAACGGCCCACGCAUCCUUAUACUAUGUAUCCACAAAACUUGUUUGAGGGCGAGGAGCCGACUAGCCAUACGUAUAACCAGCAACAAAUACCGGUCGGCUUUCCAGGACACGGGAAUGGCUACACGCGGCAGAUUGGACCAGACGGAGAAGAACAAGACAUCAUAGGCCCGGAUGGUCACACUGAACAGCUGCCUCCUUACUCCAAAUAUCCGGAAGAUUCCCCAAAAGGCUUCGCUAGCCCUACCCCAGCUGUGACCACUACACCAGUUAGCCCUCCGGCACAACCACAUCGCACUCCAAGUCCAGUAGAUCCGCCACUGCCGCUUGACAUUCUUGCAGCAGCAGCAACGGACAAUGUAUCUAUGGUGGACAGAUCACCUGCGGCACAAAAUGCUCGCGCAUCUGUACAAAGCGCGACCCAUUCCGCAAUGUCGUCAUCACCUAGUUCGGAACAAUCAGGACAUAAGAAAUGGACUCAUAAAACCUGGACCGAGAGGAGGAAAACGAGAGUGUGCGGCCGGAUACCGCUAUGGCUUUUGAUCUUGAUGGCUGGCCUCAUAAUCAUAUUCGCCAUCAUUCUUGGUGCUGCUAUAGGGUCAAUUUUUACAAAGGCAAAGAAGGCUGAAGAAGAGGCUGAUCAUGCGCUGCAGGUCACUGUUACGGAAGUUGCUACCCUAUACGACGCAUCAAUCAUCCCAACGCCUUCCGACAUGCUACCUUUACCUACUGGCUCUUUUUCGGUACAGAUGGGUCAGCCGCAGGACCGAAAUCCUGGAUGCUUGCCUCAGGUAGACCAGCAAUACGCAUGGUCCUGUGAUUUCCGUGGUCCACAAGACCUUCAGCUUGGUGUCCGAAGUAAUCCCUCUGUGGCCAGCGGCCUGAGUAUGGGAGAACUCAUCCCACCAAACGUAUCAACAGCUACCACUCCCGCCUACCAGUAUGGUAUGCAACCACCUAACGUAGACUGGCGGACCAUGGAUCUGGUCAUUGAUCAUGAUCAGCCUUCUUGGGGUCCGGCCUUUCACUUCCAAGCACAAUACAAUAAGCUCGUCAUUCUGGAAGCGCAUAGUUUCCCGGCUGGCAUCCACGCUCGAAAACGUGAUGAUCAUACGGGACGUCUGCAAGACGGUCAAGGUCUUCCUCGUCACCAAAUGGAGGUUGUGCAAGGUGACAGACCCUGGUUUUGCUGGUGGAACUCGACAUUUCUGGAAGUAUAUCUCUACGCCAACCAGUACUCCUUUGCAGGUAACAAAUCCAUGAAUGGAGCGUCUCAGACAAUUACGCUUCCAUUGAGCACACCUACACCAACUUUGCCCACGCCUGUAACUUCCCGGCAGCAGGCUAAGCGAGAGCCAUAUUCUGCUGCUCCGACCUCGCCGUCACCAACUUAUAGACGUGAUGACUAUAGAGACUCUUCCAGCCAGCCAGCGUUCCCUCGCAUUGUGAAAGUAGAGGAGCGGCGCAUUCCGGGCUCACCACCUCCUGUCUGCACGCAGAUGGUGAAACUGGAAGACGGAACGAUCGUGCCCGCGAACCAAGACUAUGAACCUAUCAUUGUCAACCUUAACGAGGACGAUCCUUCGAUGGCAGAUUUUGCAGCUUCUCAUACUGGCGACAUCAGCCGCAGAAGCAUUCUUGGUAGUCGAGGGGAUCCAGCCGACGGCUGCCAUUGCCAAUGGGUUGUGACAUGA